AUGACGAUUACAGAAACAAGAUCGAAAAGUACAGAAGAAUCAGUUAAGAAAUUAGACAUGCAACUGCAGAAUUACAUGGAGACUAAUGAUGCUAGAUUGGAGGGUUUGGCCAAGAAGAUGGAUCUUCUAAUGGAGAAACUGAUUCCCAAUCAAGAGGGAAUUCUGGGAAGUGCGCCGGGUCUUCAAUUAGAUGCUUCUGGAAGUAGACUGCACAAGAAUGACCAAUUCGAGCAAGCUAGAUUCCAAAGGAGCAAUCACCAUGGUCGGUUUGAGUUCCCAUUUUUUGAUGGAGUUGAUCCCUGCUCGUGGCUAAGGAAAGGGGAGAGAUACUUCCACUACAAUCGAAUCCUUGACCCUGAUGAGAAGUUGGAAGUAGCUGUCCUGCACUUAACAGGUAAAGCUGAGGCAUGGUUUUUCUCAUAUCAUGUUAGUAAAGGUGUAAUCAAAUGGCAUGAGUUUACUGAAGAAAUCUGCAAAAGAUUUGAAGGAGCUAGUAAUAGUAAAUUCAACUUAAUUGGAGAAUUUAAAAAGGUGGAACAAAAAGGAACAGUAGAUGAAUAUUUGGAAAGGUUUGAAGAUUUGAAGGCCUGGGUGUUGAUAAGGAAUCCCACCAUUCCAGAAGAUUUCUUCCUAGAAUUCUUUGUGGAAGGUCUCAAGGAAGAAAUAAGGCACACAAUUAAGAUGCUUAACCCUUUCACCCUAAGUCAGGCUGUGGAUAAGGCUCGAUAUCAGGAGAGGCUAAUCCAAGUACAGAAUAGGAAGGAGAGAAGUCAGUGGGGAAGAAGUAAUAUUACAGGGUAUAAUCAAACUAAUGGGGUAAUGGUUAAGGGAGCUAACUCUUCAGUGGGAGGCCAGGGUAACAAGCUCCUUGAAUUGAGGAAAGCUCAAGGGCUAUGUUAUAAGUGUGGUGAAAAAUAUCAUGUUGGGCAUCAAUGCAAAACUAAACAGCUGAAUACUAUGUCUGCUUCAAUUGAUCCAACUGAAUUGGAGCAGAGUGAAGGGAUAGAAGGUGAUGUUAAGGAAUUGGAGGAGAUGCCAGGGGAAGAAAUUAUGGAUGAAGCAAUUAGUCUGAAUGCACUUUCAGGUACUGAAGUCCCAAAUACCAUCAAGUUGGGAGGAGAGGCAAAAAGGAACAAGAUUACUAUUUUGUUAGAUUCGGGGAGCACCCAUAGCUUCUUGGAUCUGGAGACUGCUAGGAGGAUAGGGUGCCAAAUUAUUGAGGCAGUCCCUAUGAGAGUGACUGUAGCAAAUGGGAACCAUAUUACAAGCCUACAUUCUUGUCCUAGAUUCAAAUGGAAGAUACAAGGGGUGGAGUUUGAGGAUGCUGUGAGGCUUGUUAGAUUGGGGGGAAAUGAUAUGAUAUUGGGUGGUGACUGGAUGAAGGGACAUAACCCUGUACUCUUGGAUUUCAUUGAGUACAAGGUCCAGGUGACACAUAAAGGGAAGAGAGUGGAGCUUAAGGGCAUCUACAGUAAAGGAGAAUUGAAAAGUAUGACAGCAGUGGGAGUGAGACAACUAUUGAAGAAAGGGCAGGCUAUUUGGGCACAUCUCUUCACACUCUCAGCCCAGAAAAUACCAAUGACAGAAGAAAUACCUGCAGAAAUUGUUGAAGUACUUGCAGACUUCAAAGAUGUCUUUGAUGAGCCCACAUCCUUACCACCAAAAAGAGGCCAUGAUCAUCACAUUCCCCUGAAAAGUAAUGCAAACCCAGUCAGCCGGAGACCCUAG